GAGGAGGGGUCUGUAUCUGGAGAUGGAGGAGGGCUGUGAGGAAUGUGGGAGAGGAGCUCCACAUGCAGCGGGCGGGCGAGCGAGUGAGCGAGCGAGGAGUUCAGCAACUCUCUCUCUCUCUUACACUAAAUUUAACAAUGAAGGUUAAAGGAGGUUAAAUUUAGUUUAGCUCUGGAGAGGAGGAGAAGGGAGAGGAGGAGAGAGGAGAAGAGGAGGCAGAGCUGCUCCUGCUGCAGGAAAAAGAGGGGGAGGAGAAAGAGGAGGACUUCCUGUGUUUCAUUUAUCAUCCUCAUCCUCAUCGCUCCUGCACAUGAGCAGAAGCUGCAGAUCAACAAGUGUCUUCCUGUCCCAGUCUCACUUCAGCUGGAUUAGAGUUAAAGUUAGAGUUAAAGUUUGAAGUUAAAGUUAAAGUUGAAGUUAAAGUUUGAAGUUAAAGUUUGAAGUUAAAAUUAAAGUUAAAAUUAAAGUUUGAAGUUGAAGUUAAAGUUCAAAUUAAAGUUAAAUUCAGAUUCAAGUUAACGUUAAAGUUAAAGUAAAAGUUAAAGUUUGAAGUUAAAAUUAAAGUUUGAAGUUGAAAUUAAAGUUUGAAGUUAAAGUUAAAGUUUAAAUUAAAGUUAAAAUUAAAGUUAAAGUUUGAAGUUGAAGUUAAAGUUUGAAGUUAAAGUUAAAUUUAAAGUUUGAAGUUAAAGUUAAAGUUUAAGUUAAAGUUAAAGUUAAAGUUUAAGUUAAAGUUAAAGUUUGAAGUUAAAAUUAAAGUUAAAGUUAAAGUUUGAAGUUAAAGUUGAAGUUAAAAUUAAAGUUAAAGUUUAAGUUGACGUUAAAAUUAAAGUUAAAGUUAAAGUUUGAAGUUAAAGUUUAAGUUGAAGUUAAGGUUGUGGAUCUCUAACAGGAUUAUAUUUCUGUGAUUAAAAACUCUCUGAGCUUCACUUUGACACAAACAGAAGGAUAAAAAAAACUUAAACUAGAGUUUAAACUAGACGACUCUGGAUAAUAAACGACAGAAAGAUCAUCAGAUUUUAUAAAAACGUGUUUUUCAUGAACUUAACUGCGACGUACGGACGUGUGAGAAAUGACUUUACUUUGUUCUUCAGUUAAAAAAAAUAAAACUUUAAAAGUUAAAAAACUAAAUUUAAAAGUCAGAAUAUUAAAUGUCUUUACUUUGACUUUUUCACUGAGAUCAAAAAGAUAAAAGAAUAAAAGAGCUACUUAAACAAUAAAAGUUCUUAAAACAAGAUAAAAGAAAGAGAAGAAGGGCGAAGCAAACGAGAGUUUAACGAGAUUAAAGAAAAGAGGCCAAAGAGAUACGAUCAGAAACAGCAUUAAAAAAUAAAAACAAUGUAGCGACAUAAAAGACAUUAAAAAGAGAUAAAAGCUUUUACAAACGAGAUGAAGAAAGAUCAAAUAAGUAAAGAGAUAAAAACAAAAGAGAUCAAAGCAUCACUUAACGAUGAAGAGAAACGGAUCAAAACAUUUAAUGACUGAAAAGAGAUCAAACAAAAAAUCAAAUUAAUCAAGAAGUAAACUGUAAAAAAAUAAAAACACGAGAUGAGAUCUUAAAAAAGAGACAAAAGAAACAGAAUUAUUUUAAAGACAUUUUAGAGAUAAAAGAAAAUAAUGAGAUCAAAGUUAAUAAAAGAAAACAAAACAACAAAAUAGGUUUAAAAAACAGAAUGAGAUUAAAGAGAUCAAUGAGAUUAAUCAAUAAAAGAUCAAAGUAAAGGAAUGACAUCAAAGCUUUUCUAAAAGAUCAAAUAAAAAGAGUUAAAAACAGAUAGAAUAGUUUGUGUUUUUAUAUUUUAAAUCAGAUUAAGAUGAAAUAACUUUAACUCUGAUGAUGUUUUUUCAUCACCUGAAUAUAGACGUUUCUAGAUUCACCCUGAAUUAGAAUCUGAAAUCAGCUCUACGCCGUUUAAUCGGUUUUAAGAUGUCAUUUAGAAUUUUAUACCUCACUACUUUUUAAAACAAUUUAAUGUAAAGAAGAGGGAGACGGACUUAACUUUGAAAUAUUCAGUGUCUCUCAUGAGUUAUUAUAUCAAACCAACAUUUAAAGACAUAUUUAACCCUGAGAGACGGUGACUCAGAAAUCUGCUGAUGCUUUAAUGAAAUAAACUGAAGAGAAACUGAAACUUAAAGUAUUUAAACUUUAACAUGUUGACAGUUUCUGACAUGAAAGUGUUUAUUUACAGAAACACAUUAAAAGCUUUUAAACUUUGAUUCACUUUAAAACCUUUUUAACAAACUUAUUUCUGAAUUCACCUUCUUACAAACAGAAGCUGUUUCUCCCCCCCACCCCCACAUCCACCCCCACCCCCAGGCUGACGGUUGGCAUCCUCUCUUCAUUCCAAAGCCCGCGAUAUCUCACUCAUCCCCGCGUUUACCCCUCAGUAGUCUCGCGAUAGCUCGUGGAGCUGCCUCCUGAGUGUAGCAGGGAAGCAAACAGCGCGGAUGGUUCCUUAUCUUUCAGUCCCUGAAACUCUCCGACACCGAUAAAACCAACGCUUUCAGGGGGGGUCAGAGUCAGAGCUAACCGAGACUGAGGAGAAAUGAGAGAAUGAGAGGAGGGGGAGAGAGAGAGCUGAAAUAAAACAACUUAAAAGAGGAGUUUUCCUCUUUUAGUUCGGCUCAGAUCUGCGGAAAGUUUCAUUUCUCGGUCAAACUGUUGAAAACAUGAGAGUCACAAAGUUAUGAGGAUGAGUUUGACCGAGUAACAAGUCGAGAUGAGAGAGUUUGAGUUUGUUUGAGAGAAAAUUAAAGGAUCAUUUCCUUUUUCCUCCAUCGAGGCUGCAGACAGUGGAGUAAUCCAGUAACCAGAGUGAGUGUGCGUAAAGAGAGAGAUGCUUGGUGGCCACGUCCCCUUGGAGACUGGAGAGACAACACGUGAUGAGCUUUACUUAUCAGGUUUAGAGAGAGAGAGAGAGAGAGAGAGAGAGAGAGGAGGAGGGGGGAGCAGCAGCAGCAGAGUUUGGAGUCCGGAGAGGAAUUAAAACUCGAAUACUUCACUAACUCUUCAUCGACAUUAUUAUUUUCCUCUCGACGACUUCAGUCCGCGACUUAAUCUGUUCUUUCCUCCGAGAGAGGAGAGAGAGAGGAAGAGAAGCAGAGGAGGAGGAGGCGGUGGGGGAGGGAGGGGAGGAGGAGGAGGAGGAGGAGGAGAAGCCGGAGUAAAGUUUGUCCAAGUUUGCACAUCCCUUCGGAAACGCCAUUUUGAUUCCUCUCCUCUCCGGAGCAAGUUUGCAGCCUCUCUCUCCCUUCUUUUUUUUUUCUUCAUCCCCCUUUUUUUUCAUCCACCAUCCCCGCCGUUCAUCAUCAUCAUCAUCAUCAUCAUCAUCGCCCCCACCACCACCACCAUCAUCAUCAUCAUCAUCAUCCUCGCCACGAUGUCUCGGCGCAAGCAGCCCAACCCCAACAAAGUCAAGCGUAAGUGUGCGUUUUUGGCCUCUCCAUCGCUCUGUUUUGCUGCUUUUCUGCCCGUGUGCGCGCUCUCUGCUCGAUGUUCGUGCUGUUGGACGGGUUUACACCAAAGUUCGGACUUGUUGGAGCGGUUCGGGGAAACUUUAGGCUGAGAUGUGGAGACGGUGAGGGAGGGAGAGCAGCUUUUUUUCUCUCCUCUCCGUGUUGCUUCCUAGUUUGAUGCGCAUCCAAGCGGUGGAAUUCAAGCCCAGGUCUCUUCCUCAUUCACUCUGCUUCAGCUAAUUAUCACUAACUUCUGCUUUUAUCGACUUUAGCUGCACGGUUAGUCCCGGGGGGCUCGGUCGGGGCUGUUAUGUGGCGGUUUUGCCCCGCGGGGAGGGUGGCAGGAGGGGGUACAAAGUCUGCUCGCCGCCGGAGUCGAGCAUCCAUAUCUCGGGUGCACUUUGGUCGGAGCCUCGCUGCUAGUGGCCAUGUGUAAAGCUAUCAGACACCAGGGAGAAGCUGGCCCCGCUGAGGAGCAGCACUUCCUGUGAGGGCCUUCAAAGUAAAACCACCUGUUGAUUGUUGUCUGAUGAACAGGCUCCUCUCACCUGUUGUUGUCCUGCAUUAUACCGGCUGUUGCUCUCUCGAAUUUGCUGUUAAUCUGGUUCAAACUUUACUUAAAGGUACAAAUUGGUAACAUGAAAAGAGUAGGAUGUACUUAAAGUGAAGCUCAGUCUGGGUUUUGGUAGAAAAGUGGUGAAACAGUGUUUGUUGUUGUUGUUUGUUGGUGUGUGUGUGUGAUGCUUUCGAUCCUUGAAUUUCAUCUUUACUCUAAAAAACCUGUUUUUACUUAUUUUAACAGACUUUAGCAGGUUUUACAUCAGCGUCCUGUUGAUCAUAGUCUAACUCUGAGUCACUAACCUCCUUUUAUUUUGUAUUGUUUUAAUCACACUCUUGAUUUGAUCAUCUUUGUUGUCUAUUUUUCCAUCUAUCUGUUUCUCAUAUGGGUUUAUAAGGAGAACUACAUGAAAUGUUUCUCAUUGUUUAUCAUAUUUCCAGACUACUUAUAACCAAGAUCCGUUGGCCUGAGGGGUGAAUUGGUGGAUUCUGAGGUGCUUCUUGUUUUUCACGUGUUUAACCCUUUUGUAUCAUAUUUUAUUCCUACUUUUAUAUCCUUCAAUCAAAUCAAUAUGAUCAACAAAUCACUAAAAUAACACGUGAAUACAGUCCGAUAAAUGAUACAAAUGUCCUCUUGUAGUUAAUUAGUUUCUAAUUUUAUCUAAUGUAUCAAAUGAGAUCAAUAAAUAAAUUUGUUAAACUUUAAGGACGUAGUUUUCAGCAGUAAGUACAAUAAACAUGUCAGCUCAAAAAUGUGAAUUUUCUGGCCAUAAUUUGUGGUUUCAGGCAUUAAAGGGUUAAAAAUCAUAGGAAUACCUUCUCAGUAAAGUAAUAAAGUCUGUUUCUGUUGAUUAAAGUCCAUUAAAAGCGCUGAAUAAGUCAAAUUUCACUGUUUUAAUUUGGAGGGAAAAUCACUCUGUUUCCGGUAGCAUUCUUGCUAACAGCAGCUAGCUGGACGCUGCUGUCGUGACCUUGCCCAGACAUAUUUAGCCUCGAACCGAGCCCGGUUCGGGGAUAAAGUCCACCCUGACGGCCCCGGGGCCUCCGUCCAUGCCGCUCUGCCCGCUCUGAGUCACUUUCUCCGGGUGUUUGGAGACUUUUUCGUCGUUUUUCGGAGACUUUCUCUCGGUCUCCGGUGACUCGCAGCAGCAGCAGCAUCGACGUGACGCCUGUUGCAUCCACCACCUCCUCCUCCACCUCCUUCCUCCCCCACCUCCUUAGUCUCUCUUUUCUCUCUUUCGACAUCAUCCACCGGUUUAACGUCCAUUUUAAACCGAACUCGGUCGUUUAUUGUCCCUCCCGAGACCGUGUCCGAGUUCAGGCCGUGGACUCUGAACUUUUACCCGGUUAGUUUAGCUCCUGGUCCCGCUGGAGGAGGUUCGGUUUGUCGGUGUCGGAUGGUCUCGGUGAAGGAUGAUGCUGUUAAAGUAAUAAAAAUAAAUGAUGUAAAAAGAGUUUAAAGUGUGUUUGGAGGUUUUGUUAUCAGGUCUGAGGGUGAAUGAUUGAUGGACAGGGUUUGGUUUGUGAGGAGAUGAUGAAGUCUGACCGGGUUAGAUAAUCGUUACCAGGAGGACUGACUCUCUCUCUCUCUCUCUCUCUCUCUGUUUCUGUCUGUUUCUCUCUUCUCUUCUCUAACUCUGUUUUUCAUCCUAAACAAACUUUUCCCUGAAUCUCUGUUUAAAUAUAAUGAACCUGUUUUUCUGUUUGUACCUUUAAAACGUCUCCAUCACCUUUUCGACCAAACCAACACAGAGCUGCUAAAGUUUGAUCUAUUGUAGGUUUAAUAAAAGUGUGGAUGUCGAUGAAAAGACUGAUUUCAUGAACACACUUUGUCUGGUUCUUCCUAAAUGAAAGGAUCCUGCUCUAAGAACUGAUCCUGGAUGUUGAAAAGUAGGCGUUAGCUUCGAUGGUUAGCUUUGAUAAUUAGCUAAGAUAGUUUACUUGGAUUAGCUCUGAUAAACUUCGCUCGUUGCUGUUAGCAUGCUAACGUUGGUUUUGGAAGUCUUACUGUUGGUGCGUAUCGAGGUUGCAUGUUUGAUGGUGGUGUUUUCUGACAUGUAGUCGUAGCUGCUGUUUUUACUAACUCUUCCUUGAACUCAUCUUGAGAACCGUCACGCCGCCGCUGAUGGCGCUCUUAUUAGCGUAUCUUUGUGCUGUCUCAGCUGAAGGGUUUGGAUCAUGAACACAUGAGUAUUUAGUCUUAUUUUCACAGUGGAUGUUCACAUCUAAACCCGGUCAAUUCUCUGUAUUUAUGUUUUCAUGAUAAUAAACUUCUUGACUUGCUGUAGUUUUGAGUAACUCUGAUUGGCUGACCGGGAUAACCAAUCCCAGACCAGUCCAUCAGUCCUAACCAACCACAGAAGGCACCACCCAAUAUAACCCAAUCAGAAGGAACGCAAGGCGGGUCUUGGCGUCUCUAACUAUCUUUCACAAACAACAGCGCCGACAUUUAAAACUCCUCGACUGCCCAGUUUAGAUCAUACAGAAUUAUAGUGAAUGAGUUCAUAAAAUAUUUUUACUAGGUUGAUGUCGACGUAGGACAGAUAUUAAUAUUUUAACCUUCAAAUCGAUGUUAAAAAACGCCAAAUUUUUUCGCCCCACACAGGUCGGCGCAUCAUAACGCUACAGUCUCACUUCAGCGUCAUGGAGAUCUGAUUAGUUUACUCCUAAAAUGAAGUUCAACUUUGUUUCCUAGUUUUUGAAUGUAGUUUAGGACAGUCAGUCUGUCCUCGUAGAUCAUCUGUCCUCCACUAAAAGAGCCUCAUGGUCUGGACCUCAUGGUCUGGACCUCAUGGUCUGGACCUCAUGGUCUGGACCUCAUGGUCUGGACCUCCUGCAGGUUCUCUCUGGGUCUCCCUGUUCUGGACCGUCCCUAACUUCGUGGCUCCUCUUGUCUCUGUAAUCGUCCUGCGGUCACUUUGGUGCGUCUUUUAGUUCUUCACGGCGAGUUUAGGACGUCUCUCUCUCUCUCUCCCUCUGUCUCUCCCUCUCUCUCUCUCUCUCUCUCCCUCUCUCUCUCUCUCUCUCUCUCUGUCUCCCUCUCUCUCUCUCUCUCUCUCUCUCUGUCUCCCUCUCUCCCUCUCUCUCUCUCUCUCUCUCCCUCUCUCUCUCUCUCUCUCGUGGGCUGUUCUGCAUUUUUCUCCUCCCUCUGCGGCUCAUGGAACCUGUCGGAGUGUCUGCACAGUUUGAGGAGAAGUUUGAGUUUAUAUGAGAUGGUUUCAGUCGUUGGUCCUCUCCUCCUUCUGCAUAAGGAGGAACAGGAGGAGGAGGAGAAGGAGGAGAAGGAGGAGAGAUCCGGAUGAGCAGUUAGCAUUCCAUUACGAAAUUCAACACUGAGGCCGAGCUGGGCCCUCGGCGACAGGCGCAGAUCUCUCUCUCUCUCUCUCUCUCUCUCUCUCUCUGUGUCUCUCUCUCUCUCUCUUGCUCUCUCUCUCUCUCUCUCUCUCUGUCUCUCUGUCUCUGUGUCUCUCUCUCGCUCGCUCAGUUUUUGCUGAGGUGUAAAUUUUAACUCGCUCUUAGUCUCGGGUUGUUAAUCAAUAAAUAAACUGAUCACAGGGUAAAUGAAGUGGUUAUUUUCCCGUGUGUGUGUGUGUGUGUGUGUGUGUGUGUGUGUGUGUGUGUGUGUGUGUUUGUGUGUGUGUGUGUGUUUCCUCGCCUCUCCAGAUGAUGACAUGAAGGUUCACUCUCAUCGCUCUGAACACCUGGGCGGCGCGUUUGUUCCACAGCAGAGUGAACGGAGUGAACCCUCCUGUCAGUCAUCCAACCUCUUUGUCUCUGCGGGGGAGGCGGGGCCAACACCGCGCGCGCACACACACACACACACACACACGGAGCAGAAAGUGAGGCUCAUAAGGAGCAGCGUGAGCUAACGUGGUAGAAAUGAGGAGAAAGAGGAGAGCAGAGGUGAGGGAAUAUGUCAGCAAAGACAGACGAAGACAACAACAGUGAGACGAACGAGUUCAAAGUGAUGUCAACAACAACAACAACAGCCGUCCAUCCCCUAAACCUGAAACAGAACCACGACCCAGUUCACCCAGAGGGGCGAACGACAGAGCCGUGAUCCCCACAGUCAGAACUCACUGAGGCGUUUGGUCCACAACGUAAAACAGAACCGAAGAAAUCCAGCUGAGAAGAUCGAAGGACGGACUCAGAUUAUAUUUAUUUAUUUAUCAAUUAAUCAAUCAAUCAGUCUUUAUUGAUAUCUCUUCAUCCACGACCAGGAAGCACAAAGUGUUUUACACAGAAAAAGGAAAACAAAGAAAAGUCAAAUCUAACCCGACGCCUCAUUCCAACGAUGUAAACAGACACAGAGUUAAAACACAUGAAGUUAAAAAGACUUAAAAGUGAAGAAAGAAACACUGGAGCUUUAAAAUCUACAAACAAAGAAACGAUCAAUAAAAGAAAUAAAAACAGUCAAAGAAACUCAAAUAAGAGACGAUCCUGUCAUUAAAACUAGACAGAGAUAAACGUUCAAACACUGAAAGAGAUCAAACUGAGUUAAAAUUGAUUAAUGACUUUAUUAUUGAUACAGUAAAGGGUCAUGUGGUCUCCAGAUAAUAUCCACAAUCAUAUUGAUUAUUGACGAUCAUCUGUGGGACAAAAAUUAAUUUGUUAUCAUCACAGAAAGACCUGCUCCUCUACUCCUUAUCUCCUCAACUCCUUCACUCCUCAACUCCUUGACUCCUUCACUCCUCAACUCCUUGACUCCUUGACUCCUUCACUCUUUGACUCCUUGACUCCUUGUCACUGGAGAAGCAUCAGAUUUUUAAAAUGGAGAUGAGUGAGAAAAAGGAGGAGGAGGAGGAGGAGGAGGCGUGGUCGUGAAUCAGAAGAUGAGAACAGAUGAUUGAUGAUGAGCUCGGUCAUCUCUGAGUGUUCGUCUUUAUAUUUGUGCAGCAGCUGCAAAGGAUGCUGGGAGAUUGACUGUUAUUUCCUCGAACUCUGCGAAGUUUAGACAGACUCCACUUCUUCUUCUUCUUCUUCUCCUUCUUCUUCUUCUGUGGUGUCGUACGGACGUUUAAAAUGCUGACGGUCGAUGAUGUAGCCGAUGAUGUGUCCCGCUCACGCACACGCUCACAAGCGCACGCGCUCACACUGACACUCACACACAAAGAGAGUCUUGUGCAACGGGGGCAUCCUCCAUUGUGAGUGCUUUUUGUGGGAACUGAAGCCACACACACACACACACACACACACACACACACACACACACACACACACACACACACACACAGCCUGCAGCAGCAGUCACGGUCGUGUAGCGACAUGAAGCAGCAGGAUGAUGAUGAUGAUGGAGGAUGACGGUGUUUUUACCUGCACAGGUGAAAAGAGGAAAAGUCAGUUUGUCAAUCCGGUUUCAUGGACUCUGCUGGUUCAGACUUCAGGGCUCUGUAGUCCUGAUGGGGGGGGGGGGUCUAUCAUAGAUCAGCUGUUUGACUUUCAAAAUAAGAGUCUCUGCUCAAACUCACAGAUUUACAGAUAAUCAAUAAUCUAAAGUUUAAACUCCAGAAAAGUUUCUUUAAUGUUUUUAAUUUUUGACAAAAAAGAGAAAAAAAAACUAAAAAAAAAACUAAAAAAACAGCUGAUUUAUAUUUAAUAAAUCAGCUGUUUUAGUCUUAAUAUGUGUGUGUGUGUGUGUUAAUGUGUCAGUGUAUCAAUGAGUGUGUGUGUGUGUGUGUGUGUGUGUGUGUGUGUGUGUCCUCAGAGACUGAAGUGAAGCAGCUAAUUAAAAGCUCUCUGCCCCCCCGAGACUGUUGUUGUCGGCACAUUAACCUCCAUUUACACACACACACACACACACACACACACACACACACACACACACACACACACACACACACACUCUCUCCAUUGAUCCUGACAGUUUCAGUCCCAUGAUGCUCUCUGAUAGUCGUGGUUUCACAGACGAUGACGACCCUCGUCUGUGGGCGUCUGACACCCGAGACCCCCUGAUACUUCAGGGUCUGAGGGGGGGGGGCGACCUCUUGUCAUGUGACUUUAACCACAGAGUUAAACUCAGGUGUUAGAGGAAGUGGGCGGGGUUUCUGCUCACGCUCUCUGGGCGAGUUCUGCCGCCGCCGCUGUCAGAGCCAAUCAGAGUCCAGGAUGAGCUGAGAUGGAGCUGCUGAGGUGGACCUGCUCCUCCUGAUGUUUCCUCCUCUCUGCUCAGACCUCUAUUUAUAGACCCUCCUCUUUUAGAUGAGCUAGGGUUACAUCCCCCCACCGCACACACACACGCACACACACACACACACACACACUCACUCUCUGGAGUUUGAGAGUUCAGGUCAGGAGUGUAGGACAGGUGUACGGGAGCCUGGAGGAGACAGAAAAACUCAAAGUGUCUUCUGUUUAAUCGUCUGUUUUUUUUGUCGACUCAGCUGUUUUUAUUUUAUGCUGACUCAUGGUUUCCUCCGUCAGUCCUCCGCCUCGUUCAGGUUUUUCUGACUCGUUCAGACUUGGACCAGAAGUCUUCUUCACGUGUCCUCGAGGUUAUUGGUCGCUCUGUAAACAUGGCGGAUGGCGCUACGGCGUUUCCCUCCAUGAUGUUUUUCACCUUUCCUGCACAGACUUCAGGUUUUUUAACGAGUCAGGACCACGUCGGACAGAGAGGGCGCUGUCACUACCUGUUUGUCCCGGAAACCCGAUUUGCUCUGUGCAUGUGCGAAACGAACGUCACGUCCUCUACUCGCCAUCUUUGUGACAGCUUCGACAUCAGCGAGCUCGCUUCAGUUUCUAACAGCCGCUCUUUUCUUUUCUCCUGAUCGGAGUUCUUCCCCCAACCAAUUAUCAGCCGAUUAUCAGCUGAUUAUCAGCUGAUUAUCAGCUGAUAAUCAGCUGAUAAUCGGCUGUUUUAACCUUUAAAUCGACACAGAAGCUCUAAUUUUAAUUAGUCUUUGGUAAUUUGAACUUUUUACUCCUGGACCAGAACUCCUUCGACCUGAUCAGCUGAUAUUUUAAAAGCUUUUAGGAAGAACAUGAACUGACACUAAAAGAGCUUUAAAAGUCCUUAAAGCUGAGUCGUGACAGAAACACUCACUUCUUAAAAACACGACUUUAAAAGUUUUAGAUUGAGACUUUUUGACCUUUUAGAGUUCAGGACAGAAACUCGGGGACCGGCUGUGGUCCACUGAAACCGGACUUCUUCAAACCCAGACCUCUGAGGGUUAAAAGAGUUUAUUUACUGAGACUGUUUUAAGUUGAGUUUUAAACUCGGUCUGGUCUGUGAGGAUCUUCACAGUUUCCUCACUGAGGAGGAGCGCAGACCUGAGGAGGAGCGCAGAGAUCCUUCCUGAACCGUCUGAGUCAGGUGACUGUCAGGGAUGAACUCGCUCUGAGGACGGGUGUCUUUGUGGGGACGGCCCGGGUGUGAAUCAUCGGGGCGGAGCCUGGAGUGGCUCCUGGUCGGGUGGGGGAGGUCUGAGGGUGAGGAUGUAGACGCAGAGGUGUGGAGGGGGAGGAAGGGUGGGGGAGGGGUGGGAGUGUCCCACCUCAGCCUGUGGACCAAAUGGCUCAUCACACGUCCUCCAUCCCCCGACCCUGACUGGUCUGUCCUCAGAGACCUGCAGAGCCGGUCUGAGCUGAAGACCUCGUCUCAACUUCACAGAUAGACUCAAAAGGUUCUGAUGUUUCAGUGUUUUUGGACCCAAACCGGGCCAGAACCAUCGUGACAGAACCACGUAUUUACAGUGAAGCUGAGGGAGAGUCAGACUCAGAUCCUGAGGAGGGACAGAGUUAGACCUGAACCCUGUUUACUGUGAACCAAUCAGACCUCAUGAACGUAUGACAGGGGUGAGUCACAGGUGAACCGCAGCUGUUUGUGGUCAGAAUAAGGAGGUCAGAGGUCAUGAUUGAGGCAGUGAUCAGCUGAUCAUCAUACUUUGAUCAGACACAGAGUGAUGGAUCAUGGUCUGCUCAGAGCUGAACACCGAGUCCUCUCAGAGAGACCGGGAGGAUGGGAGUAACCUGAGAGCAGAGUGCUAAAGUAGGACACACACACACACACACACACACACACACACACACACACACACACACACACACACACACAUACAUACACACACACACACACACACACACACACACACACACAGACCACCUUCUUUAUUUAGCAGUGGAUCCUCUAAAGUUAGAGAGAGUAAAUAUUACGAUCUCCUGCUGCUGGCAGCUCUCAAAGAUCCUCAUCUCAGUGUUUCUAAAAACGACAGUUUUCUUAAUGAGGUUUGGUUCAGACAGAAAAGUUCCCUCUCUGUCGGUUUAGUUUUUUUCUCACAGGUAUCCUGGUGUUUUAAUCUACUGAUGUGUUUAAAGGACUUUGAUAGUCUGACUCCCGUGUUGCUGUAGGUGUUAAAUCUGAUCUGUGUUGGAGAAUCAGGACCUGGAUGCCUGAGAAAGUCCUGGUGGAUGUUAAAAUGACUGUUUUCUUAAUGAGGUUUUGUAUUGCAGACUGAAAGGUUCUGGUCCUGCAGUAGUGUUGCUGUGUUUCAGUUUUGGUCCUGUUCUUGUGGUCUUGACCCGACUCCUGAGUUUGUACUUUGCAUCAGGCUGCCUGUUUGGAGCCGAUGAUCCCCCAGGUUCUGGUUCUGGUCCUCAGUUCUGGAUUGUGAGACUUCAGAUGGUUCUGAUGUUUUCUUCAGGCGUGAGUUUCUGAUCAAAGGUUCUGUUUGUGUUUCUGCAGAGGAUGAAAACUUCUCUGACACUUAUGUAACUGUGUGUGUGUGUCUGUGUGUGUGAGAGAGAGAGAGAGGCUAUUGUUUCUGCACUUCCUCAAUCUCCUCCUCCUCCUGAUGAGAGGCUGCUUCACUUCCUGUUUCCGCUCCUCAGCCUCCUCCUCCUCCUCCUCCUCCAUCUCUCCUCCUCCUGGUCAGCAGUAAUUAUUCAUUUUAACAAACAGUUCAAUCAGGAUUCAGUGACUCACAUUUCUGUCAUUUAGGGAAGUUUGCUGAGUCAGCAUUUACCCAGAGAGAGGUGGUUCUGGUUCUGGAGUGCAUUCAGCGAAAACAUAAUGAACAACAACAACUAUAAUAAUAAUAAUAAUAACAACAACAACAAUAAUAACAAUAACAAUAAUAAUAAUAAUAAUAAUAAUAAUAAUAAAAACAACAACAACAAUAAUAAUAAUAAUAGUAAUAAAAACAACAACAAUAAUAAUAAUAGUAAUAAUAAUAAUAAUAAAAAUAAAAUUAAUAAUAAUAAUAACAACAAUAAUAAUAAUAAUAAUAAUAACAACAACAACAACAAUAAUAAUAAUAAUACUAAGCAGUGAAGCAGGAUGCAGCUCAGCUCACAGCCCCUUUAAAAAGUUGAACUGCUCCUUUAAUGAAGAACCAGCAGCAGGUUGAUCUUCAUAAAACCAUAAAGCAGGUCCAGAUAAGCUUCUUCAGGUAGCAUCCUCCUCCUCCUCCUCCUCCUCCUCUUCUCCUCAGCUCCUCCCCCCUCUAAGACUCGUUGUGACAUUCUUUCAGAGCCGAGUCGCUCGGACUUCGGACUCUCAGUAAAUACGGCUUUAUUUGCUGCUGCUGCUGCUGCAGGCGGAGAACAGGCUGGAGGUGGCCCUGAGGAUCACACACACACACACACACACACACUAACACACACUCCCAUGCGGUGGUAGUUAGCUCCACAAGCUGCUUAUCAGCAAGACAGUCUCACCACACCCACACUCUCACACACACACACACACACACACACACACACACACACACUCUCCCUCAGAGGUACUGGCAUCCCAUACAACAGGUCUGGCCUACAUUUGAGAGUGAAACAUCUCUCCUCCCUCCUCCUCCUCCUCCUCCUUCUCUCCCCUCCCUCCCCCAUCAUCUGAUGAAGAACUUUAUAAAAACUUCUUUCUUCUUCGUUAGUUAAAUUUGACACAUGAGUUUAAUCAUGAAUCAUUUUUAUAAUAACAACAAUAAUAAUAAUAAAAAUAAUAAUUAUUAUUAUUAUAAUUAUUAUUAUUAUCAUUGUUGUUGUUGUUGUUGUUGUUGUUGUUGUUUAUACGUGGUCCUCUGCAGUUGUCGUCCUGGUACCGUUUCUCUGUACAGGAACUUUCUCAGCUCACAUUUUUGCACAAAACCAGGAAGCACUUCCUGCUUAGCCCUUUCAACAUAAAAGUCUGGAGAAAUGUUGUGUCAGUUAAAAAGUUGUUGACGAGACAUUUUCAGGAGAAGGAGAAGUUUGAAAUCAGUUCCUUUGAUAGUUCCUGUUGAACUUCUCAGAGGGAUCAGGAACCUUUGGACUGACUGAGUCUGUUUGGAACAACUUAGUGUGACACCUCGUCAAAAGUUCCUCUGUAUGUGGGAGGAGCUUUCAGUGCGGAACAGAUCUGAUUGGACGAGCUGUUUUAGUUGGUACUCUACUUUUUCAGGAGUGUCUGCAAACAGGAUCCAGAGUUCUGCUCAGUUUAGGUGGAAACGUGACUUUAUAUCCUCUGAUUUGGCAGCAGCAGGUUCUUCUCAGGUGUUUUAAAUCAACACACACACACACACACACACACACACACACACACACCCCUCUCUGUUGGCAGUGGAACCUUCCAGCUUCCCUCCUGCAGCUGCAGAGUGGAUCAUCCCACUCCCCUUAAACCAUGAUGGGGAGGCUCGCUCUCUCUCUCUCUCUCUCGCUCUCUCUCUCUCUCUCUCUCUCUGGUUGUGUCUUGCUCACUCGCCCUCCUCCCCCACUUGCCUUACUUGCUGACUAAACAGUUUGUCAGCUGGCUGCUGCUGAGGAUCAGAGCGAGGGAGGGGGGAGCGAGAGAGCGGGCGAGCGAGCAAAUAGCAGGCGAGUUUGUGGCGUUAAAAUCAGGUAGAUGGAGUUUGAGUCGUAAUCUCGACCUUCUGCAGAUUAAAAACAAAAACAGGUUUGACCCUCUGAAAGGUCAGGGUUUCUUCUCUGUCUGAACCUCUGAGUGUUUCAGAUCAUUUAGUGACAGAAUCAGAAUCAGAACCACUUUAAUAAUCCUCAACAGCUUUUGUUCCAGGAACUCCAGUGAAAAUAAAGUAGAAGAUAAAUAAGAGAUAAAAUAAGUCCAAAUACAGAGAUAAUAUACAAGUGUGUACAAAAUAAACAACACAAACAGUAAAUAUUGUGUACAUAUAAACAGUGAGCAGAGUCGAGGUAAAGACUGACUGAGGGUCCGAGUCUCUGAGGGUCCGAGUCUCUGAGGGAGGAGGAGUGAGAAAGUCUGAGGACCACCAGCAGGAAAGAUUUAAAAGAAUAAAAACCUAAAAAAAGGUUAAGAAGUGAAAUAAAAGUCUGGAGUAACAGUAACAGGCUGCGUGCACGUUCACACUCACACACUACCUGACCCCCCCCCCCCCCCCACAGUAAAAACCGAGGAGGAGGGUCUUUCAGGAUGAAGGAUGUGACUUUAUUCUGACUUUAUUCUGACCGUUUUUCAGACUCUGAUUCUGUCGGUGAACGUUUGUGUUGUUGAUGAGAGUUCUGCUCCAGGUUUCAGAGUUCAGCUCUUUGAUCAGAACCACAGGUUCUACUGGACCUGAUGGUUCUGGUCUUUAUUAACAUCAGAAUUACUGCAGGUGAGGAAAGGGUUAAACACGUCUGUGGGAUUUCACACCUAUGUUCGGUUGUGAGGUGAUGUCAGAGUUGUGUAGAUUCGCUGUGGUUGUGUGUGUGUGUGUGUGUGUGUGUGUGUGUGUAUGUGUGUGUGUGUGUGUGUGUGUAGUUCAGUUUAGCAGCAUGUGUGAAUGAAGCAAACAGACCCAGCCGACAUAAUCCUCAUUAAUCUGACUGUUAGCAGGGCUGUAAUCUGACACACACACACACACACACACACACACACACACACACACACACACACUCAGCCCCUCCCUGCUCUGAAAGGUACCAUUGUACCAUUGGACACACCUUGUUGCCGUGGUGACUGCAGCCCUGACAUGCCCCUCCCCCAGACAGUUUUGUGUCUCUCACCUUUACCUGAGCAUCCUGAGUGUCUCCUCCUUUCCUAGUUGUCCCCUUGUUUCCUCCUUUCCUAUGUUUCCUAGUUGUCUCCUUGUUUCCUCUUCUCUUCCCUCCCUUCUUGUCUCUGAUUCCUCCUCAUAACCUUCUUAUUUCCUUUCCCCCUUAUGUUCUUGUUUCCUUGUCACACUAUCCCACUUUUUGUGUCCCCUUCCCUUUACCUCCUCCCUCCUUGUUUCCUCUCCUCUGCCUCCUCAUUCACAUUUGUUUGCUCCCUUCCUCUCUUGUUGUCUUUCCUUAUACUUUCUGGAUAACUCUCCUUGUUUCCUCUCCUUGCUUCCUUCCUUUGGCUUAACUUUAAACUAUGUUAAAGCAUGAAGAAGAGUCAGUGUGUGCACACGUGUGUCCUCAGUCUGCAGACUAAACGUCCAAACACACGAGGACACUGCUCACUGCUCACACUCUCUCAUGUCUGGAUGGUUGUUAAUUCAGAUCCAGUUUAUUUCUCAUCGUUAUUUUAAAGUCUGUGAUUGGUUGGUUUGGUCAUUUUCACAGAACUCUGAGAUAAAUAUUAAACUUUCAUUUUUGACCAAAAUCAAAUCAAAUUUUCAUGUUUUUCCUUCAGAGAAACUAAAAUUAUCGUUUUUUUGAAUGAGAUUUGGUCCUUAGUUUUCUUCAUCAAUGAACCGUUAUAGUUUAAAAAAACAAAUGAAACAUUGAUUUAAAACCUUCACUGCAGCAAGUGUGUGUGUGUAACAGGGGUGUGUAAGAUGUGUGUGUGUAAGUGUGUGACAGGGGUCAGAUACGUGUGUGUGUGUGUAUGUGUGUGUGUGUGUGUGUGUGUGUGUGUGUGUGUGUGUGUGUGUGUGUGUGUGUGUGUGUGUGAAGGGUGUGGUCUCAGGUGUGUAUUGGGGUCUUUGCAGUUGUAGGUGUGUCCACCAAACCCCCAUUUACCUUUCAGUCAAAACACAACAAAGCCUCCCCAUGGGAAAGUGCUGAGGUGGGACACACACACACACACACACACACACACACACACACUUAUCCAUGCAUUAACAUACAAACGUGUGUGUGUGUGUGUGUGUGUGUGUGUGUGUGUGUGCGUGCCGCCCUGGAGGCAGAGACACAAAGAGGCUCAGAGUCUUUUCACUCAACUGAAACCUGGUCCUCCUCAGCACCACGCCCUGCACACACACACACACACACACACACACACACACACACACACACACACACACACCUCCCUCUCACCUCUUCAUCCCCUUUUCUCCUCAUCACCUCCUGUUCAUUCACAUUUCCUCCUACCCAUUCCUCCUUGUUUCUGUCCUCCUCCUCUUCUUCUUACCUCCUAAACUUCUCUCCUCCUUCUCCCUCCUUCUCUUUCUGUUUUCUUCCUCUUCUUGUUUUUCUCCUCCCUUGUCUCCUUUCCUAACUCAACUCCUCCUCCUCUUGUUUCUUCUCUGUAUCCUUGUUAUAUAUCUCUUUUUUACUUUCUUUCUUUCUUUCUUUCUUUCUUUCUUUCUCCUCCCUCUGUCACCCCCCCCCCCCCUCUCCUCCCCUCUCUCGGGGUGAGGAGGUGCAGUCUAGGCUGGACUCUGACCUCUUGUGUAACCGCUGGGCAGAUUAAACCUGAAUCAGGGUGCAGAGUGGGACCGGGGGAUUCUGGGUAGUGUAGUUUUAUUCAGUCAGGGGGAGGGGAAGACGGGAGAGACGGAGGUCGAGUCAGAGGAAUAGAGCUCGCUCUCCGCGCAGCCCCUCGCUGCUUCCUGCUUCCUCUUCUGACAGGAAGUGAAGGAUACGGCGGUGUUGUUUCUGCAUCUCUGUGGCGCCGAUAAAGAGAUCAGAGCGAGGAGGAGAGGAGGAGCGAGAGGAGCUGGACUUUGUCAGAGAGAGUGUGUGUGUGUGUGAGUGUGAGUGUGUGCAUGUGUGCGCGAGUAACACAUUAACCUUCUUAUCUGUAGACGCCCUUUGCUCUUAGGUGUAAAAGACUUUUAUUUUGGCGGGAAGAAACUCAGGAAACACCGUAACUGCCUUUGAACAGAGGAGAGAGGGAAGAAGGAAAGGAGACAAGGAAGAAGGAGAAGGAUGGGAGGAUAGGAAGCAAAGGAAGGAAGGACACAAACAAGGGGGGAUCAAAAAAAAUGUGAAAGGAGGGAGGAAGGAAGGAAAGGAUGUUAGGAGUUAAGAGGAGAUGUAAGGAGGGAAGGAAGGGAUGUUAGGAAACAAGAGGAAAUGAUAUGUGGGAAAAAGGAGAGAUGACAAGGAAACAGGAGAUGAAGAUGAGAGAGAAAAAGAGUGAGAGGAGAUAAAAGGAAGGUAAGGAGACGAGGAAGAAGGAGACGAGGAAAGGGAAAUUAGGAGGGAGCAGAGUAAGGCACCAAGUUGAGGUGAGGAGAUAAGGAAAGGAAAGAUGAAGAUGAGAAAGUGGACGAGGAUAAAGAGACAUGUAUGAGGAUAGAGGGAGCGAGGGAAGGGGACAAAGGAAAAGAGAGAAGGAUACAUGGAAGGGAGCUGAAGUGAAGUUUGAUGUCAGGUGAAGAGAAACUGGUUUAAACUGGAAACAGUUGGUUUCUACGGCAACAACAGCUGUUCAUAGGACGAACACACACACACACACACACAGCUGGCCAAUAUUGGGAGGGAGGGUUCGAGGCAGCAGAGGCUCUGAUUGGUCGACUCAGUGGCCUUGUACUUUAGUCUGUAUGAGGGAGGGAGGGAGGGAGGGAGAGAGAGAGAGAGAGAGAGAGAGAGAGAGGAAACAAGAAGGAAAUAAGGAGGAAAAGGAGGAUAAGAUGAUAGUGAGGAAAGGAGAGAUGGUAGGAAAAAGGAGGGAUGAGGAGAGGGUCUCUGACCCCCAGACCAGGGUCAAAGGUCAGGGUCUGAAUUAAAGUCAAUGUGGGGUGUGUACUACCUGUCAAUCAAAAAAGGCCACACCCCUAAUUAUCUAGGUGAGCUCUCUGUGAAUUCAGGUGAACUUAUGAACACAUGAAUGAUCAUUCAUGUCAAAGUGUCACAUGAGCGUAGUCCUCCUCUCUCGCCUGUGUGUGUGUGUGUGUGUGUGUGCGCGUGUGUGUGUGUCAGAUUUUAUCUUGUCAUUGAUUUAAAGUGAAAACACACUUUGGGCUGCAGAGGCUCACAACAGUUACAACUGUCUGUGUGUGUGUGUGUGUGUGUGUGUGUGUGCGUGUGCAUGCGUACGUGAGUGAGUGUGCCUGUGUGUUGAAUGGGUCCAAAGCUCAAACCGACUUUGGCGUGUAGCAGCAUGCUGUGGGCCCUCGAGGUGACACACACUCACACACACACACACACACACACACACACACACACACACACACACACAGGUAGUUGUGUAUUUCAAGUGAUGACAGAGCAGUGAAGGUUUACUUUGCGUACAAAAAGAUGGAGAGAAAAGAAGGAUGAGGAUGAGGAGGAGGAGGAGGAGGAAGAGGAGGAGGUUCUCCAACUUGAUUGAUUUUUGAUGUUUGUUGAACUAAAGCCUGUGAUUGGUCGAUUACAGCAGCAGGUUUUUUCAGAGUCAGCAUGUUUGCAGACUUGUAAACAUGAUGACCAAUCUUCCUCCCCAUUAUCAAGUCCAUAACUGUAGAAAUGACUGUUUUUUGACUGGAGUUUGGUGGGACAGUUUUUGAUGCCAUGUGAUUUAGUUUAGCUCCACAGCAGGAACUAUUCUAAUCAAACAUGAUUAAAAAAGACGCCGAAUGAACAACAUCUUGACGUUAACAUGACAGAGUGUAAAGGUGCGCUCGGUCAGGUCUGUCUGCAGGACGAUUUUAAAAUGCUUGUUUUUUUGACUGGGGUUUGGUUGGACCAUUUUGACUGCAAUCACUUUACUCAGAUAAUUUGAUUUUGUGUGUGUGUAUGUGUGUGUGUUUGUGUGUGUGUGUGUGUGUGUGUCUCUAACACAUCUCUUUCUGUGAGCCUUUCUGUGUGUUUGUUCGCCUUCACCCCCUCACACAUGUACACACUCCCAAUUGUGUUCGCAGAUAUUCAGACUGACUGAGUGUGUGUGUGUGUGUGUGUAUGCCAGCUGCUGUGUGUGUGUGUGUUGAUGUGUGUGUGUGUGGAUUUAUGGAGUAUGCGACUGUGCAGUGGAUGAAUGUGUCGCUUGUUGAGCAGAAAGAAACAACUGCUGGAGGAUGAUGGAGGGAGGAGGAGGAGGAGGAGGAGAGGGAGGAGAGGGAGGAGGAGAGAGAGUCUGAUGAAGACAUGAUGGAGGGAUGAGGAGUUUCUCUAGAUGAAGGAGUGAAACAGCAGAAAGUUUAAUAACCUCAGCGAAGUUUACAGGUGAACACAUGAACCUGAGCGGUUAGAGUCACAUCUGACAACAACGGGUCACUUCCUGUUAGAAGGAAACGGCGGGAAUACCGGAGUGUGUGUGUGUGUGUGUGUGUGUGUUUGUGUGUGUGCGUGUGUGUGUUUGUGUGUGUGUGGUUGUGUGUGUGUGUUUUCCAGGUUAGCAUCUGGUGAUCGGAGACUGAAUGAAGCUUUGAGUGAGUCAGAGAGAGAGAGAGACGAGGAAACACAAGUGUCAGACACACACACACAGACACACACACACACACACACAGACACACACACGCACACACACACACAGACUCGCUCGUCCAGGUUAGCAUCUGUUAAUGUUCUCUGAAUGAAUAGAGGGCUUACAGAGGAGAGAGAGCAGAGGUCAUUGGCUGUCUCUGACACCUGUUAACGUGUGUGUGUGUGUGUGUGUCUGUGUGUGUGUGUGUGUGUGUGUGUGUGUGUGUGUGUGUGUGUGUGUGUGUGUGUGUGUCAGACAGCUGCUCUGCACGUUGACAGAGACCCCCUGCUCUGACUUAUCUCCCCCCAUCCUCUGAGACUGUAAUUACAGAGGACGACUCUCAGCGCCGCGUGUCUUCUUCUCUUCUUCUCCUUCUUUUUCUUCUCUUCUUCUCUGCUUCUUCUUCUUCUUCUUCUUCUUCUUCUUUGGUUUAUUUAAAGUCAGCUGACGGGGUUUUCUCGUCUUUCCCACGAGCGUUUGAGGAAUCGGGCGGCGCUCUGAACAGAAGUAAAACUGCUGAGUCAUGGUGAGCUGAGGUUUCUCCUGGACUGUGACAGACCCCUGGGUCAGACCGGUCCGCAUCAGACCUGAUCAGGUUCAGCUCCACACCCUGCCCAGACUUUAAAGGGAUAGUUCACUGUUUUUGAAGGGUGUGUGUUAGGGCUCCACGAUAUAUCGUUUUAACGUCGUCAUGGCGAUGUACGUGUGCGCAAUAGUCAUAUGUCAGAUCCUGCGGUGUCGGAGGCGAAUUAACUAAUUUCAAGUUAAGCUGACUGACAUACUCUACAUGUGACUCUGCAUGUGGGUGUGGUCAGUGCACUUAGAGUCUUGAUGGACCCCUCAGACCGCCAAAAAUGACUGAUGAAGUUUGUCAGGAUGGGGACAUGUUGACCAAUCUGUGCCCCCCAUGACCAAGUCCAUAACUGUUGAAAUGACUGUUUUUUGACUGGAGUUUGGUGGGACAGUUUUUGAUGCCAUGUGAUGUAGUUUAGCUCCACAGCAGGAAUUAUCCUAAUGAAACAUGAUUAAAAAAGACGCCGGAUGAACAACAUGAUGACGUUAACAUGAUCAGAGUUUAAAGGUGCGCUUGGUCAGGUCUGUCUGCAGGACGACUCUAAAAUGCUUGUUUUUUUGACUGGGGUUUGGUUGGACCGUUUUGACUGCAUUCCGCUGACCUCAGGAGGAUGCUGACAGGUGAUUCCAGGUGUGACCUGACUCUUCAUACCUGAUCUGUAAACAUGUGAGGGUCCGUGAUCAUGACUCAGCAUCGCCGCCGUCGUCGUCUCAGAGGAGCGUCUGUCAGAGCGUGAACACAUGAACAGACCUGAGCCGAGCCGAGCGUGUACCUGCCUGUUCUGACUCACCUGUUUGAACAGUCCACACAGACCAGACCCGCUGACAGAGAGGAGGAGGUGUGCGGGCCCAACCGGCCAAUCAGCUGCCUGCUGACACAGAGGGUGGAAGGCAGCUGGCCAAUCAGGGCAGAGUUUAGUGAGCGCGUGCAGAAGCAGCUGGUCUGGUCUGACCGGAUUUUCUCCCCGAUGAGACGCUCUCCUCUUUUCUUCUUCUUCUUCUUCUCUCACUUCCUUUUUUCUUACAGUCGGCGCUGACUCCGCCCCUUUUCGCUCUCUCUCUCCCUCCUUCGCCUCGCUCGCCCCUCCAUGAAUGGAUUGUGAAAUUUUAUCAUCACGCAUCACUUCCUGUAAAUGAGACUGCAGCCUCUCCUCUCCUCAUUCCUUUCCUCCCAUGACUCCUCGUCUCCUUUGUUUUGUUUCCUCAGUGUAUUCCUAUCCUUCCUAACCUCGUGUCCUUUAUGGUUUCCUUACUUGCAUCCUUUUCUCUCAUUUUUCGGUUCCUACCCUUGCCUCCUUGGUUGUUUUCCUCUCUUUUCCACCUUCCCUUCUCCCUUCAGUCCUUCCUUCCUUUCCUUGCUUGCAUCCUCCUGCCUGGUCUGACCUCGUUUGUUUCCCUUAUUUCCUUUCCUCACAUAUUUCUUCUUUGUUGUUUCCACUUUAGUAUCCUUCCUUAUUUGCUCUCCUCUCUCCUUCCUUUCUCCCCUCGUUUCCUUCUUGCUCAUGUUUUCAUCUCCUCUUUUCCUCCCUUACUUUCCUCGUUCCCUCUCCUCUCUCCUUCCUCUCUUGUCUCCUUCAGGCUCUCUGCACUUGUUCUUGCCUGUCAACCAAAACCAGAGCAGCAUUCUUGCGCGCACACACACACACACACAUGCACACACACACACACACACACACACACACACACACACACACACACACACACACACGGACACACAUUCCUCGCCCUGCUUGGCGGGUUAUUUUUACCGUGGCGGUGUUUGGGGCGCUCUGAUGGCCGCCGGCCUGCAUUCACACUCUGAAGCAUCUCUUGCUGGUGUCGCUGCUCUCAGGUUCACUCCUCCUGAUCGUUCCCAGUUAACCCAGUUAACCCAGUUACUCUGUAACACACACUAACCAGCAGCGCUCACUGAUGGCGGCGCUGGUUAAUGUUUCAUGUCUUCAGUACGAGGCUGCAGACGCCAGCGCUCUGAUGGCGUUUUAAAGGCGUGCAGAAAGACGAGGGUUGAAGUUUGUUUUGGUGGAAACGUCGUGAACUCAGGGUUUAUUUUUAAAACAUAAUAUUUAGUUUAAUUUUCAUGUCAUCAAACAUAAAUUUAAACACAAACUCAUAAAUUCAGGACAAAACAGAAAACAGUAAAUAAGUGUGUUCAUAAAUAAAUAAAUAAAUAAAUAAAUAAAGAGGACUGUAGUGAAGCAGGUUUGUCGGUCUGUUAAACUUCAAAAUCAGAUUCAUGUUUUUUUUUUUUAAUCUGUAUCUUAAAUCAGACAAAGAAUUUAUGGGAAUAAAAAUAAGAACACUUGUUGAUUUGGCCUCCAGUAAUAAAAUAAACAUGAGAAGAAAAAAGUAAAAAUAUAUAUUAUAUAAAAAUAUAUAUUCUACAUGUACGUACAAAAAUCAUAAAAAAAAAAGAAAAAUGUUUACGACUAUAUAAAAACACGGCAUACAGAAAAAAAACAAAGUAACAUCUGAAUUAAAAGUAAAUCCUCCGAUAAAUUCGCUGUCCACAUAAAUAAUCAUGUUAAAGUUCAGACUUUCAUCAGAACCAAUCGAUCGUCUUCUCACCCUAAUACAUAAAUAAAUCAAUAAGGAACGAUCAGCUUCAGAGCAUUCGGAUCAGUUAACAAAGUUCUGGUCCUAAAUCAGAACCAAGCUCGGGUUUAAACAGCAGAACCUUCAGGAGCGGACUCAAAGGUGUCCGGACCGUGUGGAGCUCCUCCUCCUCUCUGAUGGUUCUGCUGGUUCUGAUGGUUCUGCUGGUUCUGAUGGUUCUGCUGGUUCUGCUGGUUCUGAUGGUUCUGAUGGUUCUGGUGUCUGUAGAGGAUAGAGUUUCUGUGUCGUGACUCUGCUGACCUGAAUUUUAGUCACCAUGUCGGUCCGAUCUAAGGUCCGAUCGCAGGUCGUCGUUGUUGAGUCAUAAUUUUGAUUUUUAUUAAUUAAAUGAAAAACAAAAAUAAGAGACACAGAUACGUCUAAAUCCUGACGAUGGCGAUGUUCGUGAUGAGGGGGAGAGUGGUGUCGGACGUUAAAACCGUGUUCCCCAGAUCGCUGCUUCACCUCUGUCCUUUUGUCACAUUCACCUGCAUGUUCACCUGAAGCGCCCCCUUGUGGUGAUCGUAGAGUAAAAUAACAAAACUAAUAAUAAUGUCGAUAAAACGGCUCAAACAUCGUGUGUCUUCAUGCUCUUCAUCAUUCACUCUGUCACAUUUAUGACAGCAUGAAUCAUUGGGUCAUCACCCGCUCUUCCUGUCAGAUUUAGCCCCGCCCUCAGCAGCACCUGGACCUGUUGAGGGCCUCAGACCGCCCCCCCAGUGCAGCAGACCUCGUUAGUGUCAGAACAAAGCUAAAGAGAGUUAGCGCGGCUAGCUCAUUAGCUGCUGGCUUAGCAGGAGCUUUGUGUGGUGGAGGGGGGACAUGGUGAUAAACCCGGGGUCAGGUGGGAGCGGCGGCGGGGGCGGGGGCACCUCCCUGUAUCAGCUUACACCUCCUGUAUCUGUAACAAUGCUGAGCUCAGCCAAUCAGAACAGAGGAGCUCCAGAAGACUCCGCCCCUUUAUUUAAAAAUGUAGAGAAGUGGAGCGUCCACUCUUCCUCCAUCUGUGAAGACUCUUCUUCUUCUUCUUCAUCCAUCACCUCUUUCCUCCUCCUCCUCCCUACAUCCUCAGUUGCCUCCUAAUUAGUCUUACCUACUCCCUAAGCUCUUAAUCUUUCUCUGCCUCCUCCCCCUCUCUCUCUCUCUCUCUCUUCCUCUCUCUCUUUCCUCCUCAUCCAUCCAUCACUCCUCCGUCUCUCAUCCAUCCAUCCUUCUGGAAAUACUCUCACAGCCUGUUGCAUCUCCUCCUUCCUCCAUCACACUAGUUUAUAUCUAUCCUCCUCCAUCCCUCCAUCCCUCCCUCCGUCAGCUCGCUCGCUCUAACAGCAGCAGAUUAUCGUCUUUGUGCGUUCCUGAUGCUCAGCCCCCCCCCCCCCCAUCAUCCCGCCUCCAUCAGGAUGGAGCAGCACGCCGUCUUUAGCUCAGCUUAGCUUCUGUUUACACAUCACCUCCAGUUUCUUCUUCUGCUCCUGUUUCCACUCCAAACACAAACUCACUUCACGACUGUGGAGAUCUGAUGAACAUGAACAGACUCCGACUGUCUCAGGGUUCGACUCUAACUUUGUUCACAAGGAGCACAAAGAACUUUAGGGGAUCAAUGAAAACUGAUCAAUAAUGUUUAUCUUAUUGAUCGACCUUAGUACUAUAAUUAGAAAUCAAUUUGAGGUCUUUUGGUCACAUGACAGUGAAGCUAUUGAAGGAAAACAGCCUUUUCUGAGAACAUCAACCGGUAAUUUAUUGACGGUCCCUUAUUCAACACCGACGUUGACAGUGAGGGUGUCGAGUAGAUUUAACCGCGCUGCUGUUGUUAUUCCCGGUUAUGGAGAGUGAGAAGACACCGGUAGAUCCUCAGAGAAUGUCCGUCAGAUAUCCAACCUGAAACUAACUUCACCGCCGUAUUUACAGGAAAAUAUAUCCAACCUAAAACUAACUUCACCGCCGUAUUUACAGGAAAAUAUAUCCAACCUGAAACUAACUUCACUGCCGUAUUUACAGGAAAAUAUAUCCAACCUGAAACUAACUUCACCGCCGUAUUUACAGGAAAAUAUAUCCAACCUGAAACUAACUUCACCGCCGUAUUUACAGGAAAAUAUAUCCAACCUGAAACUAACUUCACCGCUGUAUUUACAGGAAAAUAUAUCCAACCUAAAACUAACUUCACCGCCGUAUUUACAGGAAAAUAUAUCCAACCUGAAACUAACUUCACCGCCGUAUUUACAGGAAAAUAUAUCCAACCUGAAACUAACUUCACCGCCGUAUUUACAGGAAAAUAUAUCCAACCUGAAACUAACUUCACCGCCGUAUUUACAGGAAAAAAAAAACAUUUGUCUAUUUUUUUUUUUAUUCGGACAUGUGACCCUAAAUACAUGCUGGACAAACUACAUGGCGGCACCAUUUCUUUAACACACGUCAUAAAAACAGUUAGAGUGUCCGAUUUUCCGACACACUGCCCCCUGCUGGUCAGACUGCAGCGCUUCAUCACACUCUGAAUAUAGUCCUCAGCUUGAUAGGUAAACAGGUGUGAGUGUGAAGUGACCGUGUGUGUUCAUGUUCUUGAAUAUGCUGCAGACGGUGCCGCUGUCUCUGCAGCGCCCCCAGGUGGAACCAUUUACAUUUAAAGCAUGAAUGAGUGAGUUUCUUCAGCCUUUAAAAACACUGGAGGUAUCUCUGCCUUACCCAUGAUGCACUGGGACUCAGUUCAGUUUGGGUUUCUGUCUUUGCCGUGUUAUCUGACAGCACACACACACACACACACACACACACACACACACACACACACAACACACACACACACACACAAAAACACACACACGGUGACCCUUUGUACCUACAGGCAGGUAUCCAGUGUGUGUGUGUGUGUGUGUGUGUGUGCCCUUUGACACAGUUUAUGAUGUGUGCUAACUGUGUGUGUAAUUCACUGUUUAGGUGUGUGUGUGUGUGUGUGUGUGUGUGUGUGUGUGUUUGCAGGUAUGUGCACAGGUGUGUUGCUGUGUGUUGUUGUGUGUUGUGUAGUUGUAGUUGUGUUUGUGUAGUUGUGUAGUUGUGUGUCACUGACUGUCUCUCUUCCUCCUCCUCCUGCAGUGUGAGCAGAGGUUGCAGAAAAACACACACAACAACAAACCCCGCCCCCUCCCGCCCGCCCGCCCCGCCCUUCGAGACACGAGCGAGUGAGCGUUAGGAAAAAAAGGACGGGUAAAUAUGCUCCUCCCUCCUUUCAUCCAUCCGUCCAUCCAUCCCUCCAUCCUCCAUCUUUACUGCCGCCUGUCCAAAACAAACACACACUGAGCUCUGCUUCACCUCAUUUACCUUUAUUUAUUUAUCCUUUCUUUUAUCCUUCUUUUUUCCCUUUUCUUUUUCGUUUCUAUUCUUUCUUACUUUCCUCUUUUUUUUCUUCUCUUUUUCCCUUUUUUCUUUUUAUCGGUCUCUUUCUUUUACCCUUUUCACCUUCUUUCUCUCUUUUACUUUUUUCUUUCUCUCUUUUAUCUCUUUUUUCUCUUUCACUCUUCUUUCUCUUCUCUAUUCUCUCUAUUUCUCCGUCUCUGUUUUUUUUCUUUUCUUUUUUUAGUUUUAUUCCCUUGAUUUUUGUCUUUUCUUCUUUUUUCUUUUUAUUUGUUUAUUUUUAAUCCUUUUUUUACCAUUUUUUUCUGCCAUUUCCUUUUUUCUUUAUUUUUUAAUCCUCUUUCUUUCUUUUAUUUUCAUUUUUCCUUUUUUAUUCCUUUCUUUUCUUGCUUGAUUUCUUUCCCUUCAUCUCCUCUUUUCCUCUUUUUUUCUAUUUAGUUUCUUCAUUUUUAUCUUUUCUUCACUUUUUUAUUCUUUCAUUUUUUUUAAGACGCUUAUUUUUGUCUUUCUUUUUCUCCUCCCUCGCUCCUGUUCCAUCACGCCAUACUCUCGUUCUUCCGUCUGCAGCAUGGCCGUCAUCCCUCCAUCCCCGCCCCUUUAAUUCCUUUUUUCAUUUUUCUGCCCCAAAUCAAACACACACACACACACACACACACACACCUGCAUCACCUGCUGCUUCUGGCUGCUUCCUGGUCAUGUGAUCAGCUGAUCACCCGUCGUCAUCAUGAUGGCGGUUGUCGUAGACGUAGAUGUAUGUAUAUAGAUGUGCUCUCUGCCUCUCUCUGCAGCAUGUCUCCUUCCUCUCUUUAAUGACUCCGUAUUUCACGGAUUAACCCUUUAAUGUGACUCUGAGUCAGGUGUUUCCUCAGUCAUGACUCAGCUCAUUUCUACAUGACUCAGCUCAUUUCUACAUCCUUGUUUGGAUGAGUCAGCAGGUGUGUUGUGAUUGGUUCAUUGAUCGUUGAUCGAUUUGAUCAGAAGGUUCAAACUCAGGAGACGUCAGGGCGAGUGAAACUGGUUUAAACUGGGAAAAGUUGGUUUCUACGGCAACAACAGCUGUUCAUAGGACUAACACACACACACACACACACACACUGGGGAUGAACGUGUGUGUGUUUGUUCAUCUGAAGUCGACAGAAGAGUUAAGGAAUCUGCUCUGCUUCCUGAUUGGCUGAGAGCUGGCGGCCAUUUUCUACAGUCAGGCUGCUCACUGAUUGGCUGAGACUCUCCCCUCCCCCUUCUGCCCCCCCCCCCCCCCCCCCCGGUAUGUCGUACAGUAGAGCUGACACACCGUUGAUGCUAUCUCAACACUUUAUCACGUAGGGUCUAAACUCCACCACACACACACACACACACACACAUUACACACACACACACACACACACACACACACACACACACACACACACACACAGCAGUCAAUCUGUAACCACGCUGGAGGGUGGAAACUUUCUCACACACACACACACACACGAUCCUGAAAGACGAGAUGCAAGAAAGCUUGGGGGGGGGGGGGGUCAGUGUUGAGUUUUUAAAGAUGAUCAAUAAACAUAAAAAAAACAGACGUCGCUCUACUUCACUUUCUCUCUUUUUUCUUUCUCUCUUUUUUCUUUCUCUCUCUUCUUUUUCUCCUCUUUUCUCUCUUUUUUCUUUCUCUCUUUUUUCUCUCUCUUCUUUUUCUCCUCUCUUCUCUCUUUUUCUCUUUCUUUGUUUUUUUUUCCUUCUCUUAUUUUUUUAGUUUUAUUUCUUUGAUUUUUGUUUUCGUCUGUUUCCUCUUUUUUUUCUUUGAAUCCGUUCAUUUUUAUUCCCUUUUUUCACCAUUUUAUUUAUUUUUCUGCUGUUUCCUUUUUUCUACCUUUUAUUUUUAAAUCCUCUUUUAUGUCUUUAUUUUGUUUUGUUUUGUUUUUAUUUUUCCCUUUUUUAUUCUUUUCUUUUAGUUUAGUUUUUGUUUUUUUCCCUUUUUAUUUUUUUUUAUUGGUUGAAAUUUAUUUUUCGGCGCCGCUAAAAACAUGCAAGUUUGUCAGAAAUGGGGAGCUGCUGUCAGGCGCCGUGAGGACGCUUCGAACAUAGAACAGAGUCACAUAGAUCUGCUGCAGGGAUCAGGUCCAACAGAGUCUGAGUGAAGACCCCAGACCCGUCAGAACCAGAACCUCAUCAGGACUAACGGGACCAAACCCAGAGUCACAGCUGGGCGUGACGCUCGAGUGUGUGUGUGUGUGUGUGUGUGUGUGUCAACAAGUUAGGGCGGGGGGGAUGGGUACUAGCAGCUAAGUGUUACAUGGGGGGGGGGUCAAAGAGAGAGAGAGAGAACGGCCAUCAAUCUCUCUCGCCCUGAACUCUCUCACACAGGGGGAAGCAGCGAAGCGCUCUCUUGUGACUCCAGUGAGUGUGAGCUUCCUGUUGUGGUCGAGAGACACCGAAACUGAAAGAGAGGGAGAGAGAGGGAGAGAGAGAGAGAGAGAGAGAGAGAGAGACGGAGAGAGAGAGAGACGGAGAGAGAGAGAAAGACUCCUUUUCAGAGCGUCUUAGUAAACGGGUCGUCCAAUCAGACUCUCUCUCCUUUAUUCAACGUCUCGCCGUCUUCAGACGUCCGUUAGUUCCUCCACGGCUCCACCUGAAGCCGCCGCCGCCAUCAGAGGGAGAAAAUCUAAUUGGAUGAAACGGCUGCAGCUGAAACGUUGAUCCGGCCGACCUGAGCCAAUUAGAGUUGAGCUUCAGUGGAGCAGAGAGAUCUUCUCCUGGUCGACCAUCAGAACCUCUCCUCUCAGGUUCUGGGGGGGCACUGAGGUCCAGGGUUCUCCUGAAACUCUCUGUUAGUCCAGAUCCAGAUCUACCUGAACGGGUCUGAGUGGUCCUCCACGAUCCUUCAGGACUGACUUCAGUUCUGCUCAGCUAGGGGGCGCUCUUGUGACGGCAGCAGUCAUGUGAUGAGAUCCAGAAGGGACCGGUUUGGUCUUCAGCGGUCUGACAGGACCAGGUGACCCAGAGGUUUCAGAGCCGCGGCGGUCUGUUGGUGUCGGUUCUGACAGAGCGUCCAUUUUAAAUGAGACGAGAAGAAAGAUGGAGACGGAGCGACGGAGGAGGAGGAGAGGACGGAGGAGGAGGAGGAGGAGGAGGAGGAGGUCAUAAAUAGACGACAUAUGGUCACUGGAUCCUGUCCUCCCCCCACUCCUCUAUCGUCUCCCCCGUUCAUCCCUCCAUCCCUCACCCCUCUAAACUCAGACUGUCAGCCGACACCAGAGGAGGAGCUCAAGGACUGACCAGAACCAGAACCAGAGGAGGAGUUCAGGGACGGACCAGAACCAGAACCGGAACAAGAACCGGAACCAGAACCAGAACCAGAACCAGAGUCGGUGUUGGUUUGUCUGAGUGUUCGAGAAGAAACGAUAAAAAAACUUUUUAAUAAAAACAUCAAACAGCUCAGAUGUGUGUGUGUGUGUGUGUGUGUGUGGUUUCAGACAGUUGAACAGCUGUGUCAAACUGCCAGUAACCAUGGCAACAGCGCUUCUGCUUCCUGUCGUAUCCAUGUAAACAAGUCCAGGAGUUAAACCGACUUCAGACUUGGAGGUUCUGGGUGAGUGUUCCUGUUCUCCUGGACCAUGAAGGAGGUCUGCCUUGGACCUCCUUCAUGGUCCUGUUCUCCUGGACCAUGAAGGAGGUCUACCUUGGACCUCCUUCAUGGUCCUGUUCUCCUGGACCAUGAAGGAGGUCUGCCUUGGACCUCCUUCAUGGUCCAGUUCUCCUGUUUUCACUCUGAUGAUGGAGGAGGUCCACUUCAGACACCUCCAGGUUCAGUCUCAGUCCAACUGAAGGACCUCCACGGUCCUGUCCUCAAGUCUAACUGAGAGGAGGUGAAACCAGGAGGAGAGGAGGAGGUGGGGGAGAAAGAGGUGGGUGGAGGAGGAGGUGAGAAGGAGGAGUAGGAGGCAGGGAAGGAUAACUUGAGCAACGUCUUUGUUUGCAGGACUUUGGCUCAGAGGGAGAACUUUUCCAUCACACACACACACACACACACACACACACACACACAGUCAAACGCACACACACACACACACACACACAGUCAAACGCAGACACACACACACACAGAGGUUUACUCCCACAUGGUGACCUUUUUUCUGCUUUUGCAUGGAUGUGCAAGAAUGUCAGGAUGUCAGCGCUCUGUGUGUGUGUGUGUGUGUGUGUGUGUGUGUGUGUGUGUGUGUGUGUGUGUGUGUGUCAGAGCUAGUGUGAGGAUGAUGGCUGAGAGCAGAUGCAGUAACAUCAGACACACACACUCUCCCUCUCUCUCUCUCUCUCCCUCUCUCUCCCUCUCUCUCUCUCUCCCUCUCUCUCUCUCUCUCUCUCUCUCUCUCUCUCUCUCUCUCUCUCUCUCUCCUCUCUCUCUCUCACUCUCUCUCCUCGGUGGGUUUUCGUGCGCCCCCCCUGCAGAGACGGUUCCAGACUUCUCUGAGGUCUGAUGGAUUAUCAGUUAUUGAUCUGGUUUUCAGAGAUCCAGUUUCUUGUUGGUCUCUGAACCUGCUCCACGGUGACUCUGCUGUUACUAUAGUAACGACCGCAGGAUAGCAAUACACAGCGGUCUGAGGAGCCAUAAACAAACCUCAACCAAAACGCCACUCUAUAGCCACAAAUAACGCUCAGAACAGCACCUAACUUCAUCAACAGGACAUAUAGGGUCACAGACAUAGUACUAUAUUCAGAGUUGUUCUAACUCCUAAGAAAACAUAAACUUAAGCGGGGGCGUUUCUCCACCUCUGUAGUCUAUAAGCUGGGCCAAGAAACUUCUACUGUAGUAAAAUAAAAAGGUAAAGGUGUUUUUAUUGAGCCGAAUUAUCAAUAAAAUCAUAAUUUUGUUAACAGGUAUGAAUUUAUGUGCUGUUGAGUUAAUAUAUUUGAACAAGAGCACAGUAAAGUUAAAUCAGCUAAUUUUCCAAUGAGGUUCUGUUACUGAACGGAACUACACCAUGUUCUACUCAGGUUAGUACAUAUAGGGUCACAGACAUAGUACUAGACACCAAACAUCUUUUUAACUUUGACUCAUUUCUUUAGCAAAGAGACUAAACACAACUCACCUACUCUCUUCCAGCAGACGCUUGUUUGUAGAGAGACCUCAGGCCAGUCCAUUACAGACUACAGCGGGGUGCCGCAGCUCAAGGAAGAACAUUUAUGAUCAUUUCUUCAUCAUUUCCUUGAAGUAAUAAUCACCAUAUUAAUCAUUUUACAGACGCGGUAGUUCUUCUGUCUCAGCGUCUCGGUCUGAUUGUAUUUCCAUGAAGAAAUGAUCAUAAAUGUUCUUCCUUGAGCUGCGGCACCCCGCUGUAGUCCGUAAUAGACUGGCCUGAGGUCUCUCUACAAACAAGCGUCUGCUGGAAGAGAGUAGGUGACCUGAUCCUCAUUCUGAUGGACUGGACUGUCUUAGACACUCCUCUAAAUUUAUCAGGUUAUUCUGCAUAAAUGAUCAGGAUGAGGGGCGGGGCUUAGUUCACAGAGGGCGGUCCCUUUGAGUUUGAAUCCAUGUUCCUGACGUUCUUAUUCCCUAAUCCAUAAUCCACCUCCAUGGAUGGAGAGGAGGAGCUGCUGAACCUCCACCCCCCUGCAGCUGUUUGUUGCCUUACAUUUGGACAGGCGGUAAAAGUGCUGCCUGACCACCUCAUCAGCCAAUCACAGCCCUCCGUGUGUGUGUGUGUGUGUGUGCUAAAGACGAAUGAUGCUAAUGCAAAAAACAAUCCAGAGCUAAGAGUGGCAUUGGUGUGUGUGUGUGUGUGUGUGUGUGUGUGUGUGUGUGUGUGUGUGUGUGUGGUGCACCUGCCGCGGCCAUGUUACAGUUUGUCAUGUAGGGACAGUGAUACAAGGAGAGGUCACUGGAAACACACACACACACACACACACACACACACACACACACACACACACACACACACACACACACACACACACACACACACACACACAACAGUUGUCACCAGUCAAUCCCAGAGCAGCUACACUCGUCUUUACUGAUCCUAUGUCUCUCUCUCUCUCUCUCUCUCUCUCUCUCUCUCUCUCUUUCUUUUUUUCCUCCUCUCACUUUUUUUGUUAACUGUGGAAUGUUACACACACACACACGCACACACACACACGCACAACCACACACACUCUCUCAUGCUGCAGCAGGAAGUAGCGUGCCCUGGAGUGUGUCUUCCUGUGGGGGCCGCCAAACGGGAAACAGCAAUUAGCUCUCAUAAUCAUCUUCAUCAUCUUCAUCCUCUUCCUCCUCUUCUUCUUCUCCCUCUCUCUCUCUCUCUCUCUCUCUCUCUCUCUCUCUCUCUCUCUCUCUCUCUCUCCCUCUCUCCUCUCAUAUAUCUGAGGACCGGGGUUAGCGUGUGUUGCUAAAGUAUUUUGGGGGCGGGGUUCUGCGUAGAGUUUCAUCACGUCGUCUUUAAUUCGUCACCUGAAAUCGUCCUGAUAUUUGAGAACGCCGCACAGAGAGGGAAACUCCCUCUGAGCAUGCCCAGUCCGUCCGACUCACCUGAGCGUCCUGAAUGAAACUAGCUCUCGCUCUCUUACCUCAGAAGUCGAAGCUGAAAAUGACGUCAAACACGAGUUCCCGGCGUUUCAGUUACGAAGUCGGAAAAAAGUAAAAUCGGAGGCGGAAACAAGAUGGCUGCAUCUACGAAUAUCUUGCCUUAUAUUCGUACAAGGCCAGCGCUAAAGUAACUUCGAUGCAGCCAUCUUGUUUUCAGGAAACUAAAACGCCGCAUCAGUCUCUAAUGUUCUUUCUUUCCGUCUCUGAUUUCAGCAUUCAUGGAAAACUCCACAGAGGAGCAGCAGGCCGAGCUGAAGGAGGAGGAGGAGGAGGAGGAGCUUAAGGAGGAGAAAACGCACAAUAACCUCAAAGGUACGAACACAAACUCAUCAAACGCAUUUUAACCAAAGAAGGAGCGACCAUGAACCAACCACGAAACUUUGUGAUGCAGCGAUCAACGGAGUGACGGAGGACGCCACGGCGAGCACCGAUGGAGAGACGCUACAGAACGGAGACCGAGGAGGAGGAGGAGGAGGAGGAGGAGCAGGGAUCAUAGGAGCUGAAGGGGGAGGAGACCUGUCCUCUAUCAACGCCAUGAUGUCAGCGGUGAUGUCAGCGGCAGGGACCAUCAACGGAGGAGGAGACGGAGAGGGAGGGAGCGGAGUCACCUCCUCCAACUCCUCUGCCGGACCCUCGCCGAGGUCAGUACCGACCGCAGACCGCCAUUUUUCAAAACUGUACUUCUGAUGGUCGUCAUGGUAACGCCUAACGCUUUUGUUGUUUUGUUACCGUUAGCCCCUCCCCCAGCAAGUCGCUCACAGCAGCCAUGAGAGCCCCGCCCAGCCGCAACGCACGCCGCACCCAGGUAUACACUCACACACACACUUAAUACCUCCUUUCCUUUUAUGUUCCCUACCUCCUCUCUCCCUCCUCCCUGUCUCCUUCCCUCUCUUCUGUCCUCAGUUUGUUUCUUCUCUUUAUUUCCUAUUCUCCCUCUCUCCUUGUCUCCUUCCCUCUCUCCUUGUUUUUUCCCUCUCUCCUUGUUUCCUUCCCUCUCUCCUUGUUUCCUUCCCUCUCUCCUUGUUUCCUUCCCUCUCUCCUUGUUUUUCUCCCUCUCUCCUUCUUUCCUUCCCUCUCUCCUUGUCUCCUUCCCUCUCACCUUGUUUUUCUCCCUCUCUCCUUCUUUCCUUCCCUCUCUCCUUGUUUCCUUCCCUCUCUCCUUGUUUUUUCCCUUUCUCCUUGUCUCCUUCCCUCUCUCCUUGUUAUUCUCCCUCUCUCCUUUCUCCUUCCCUCUCACCUUGUUUUUCUCCCUCUCUCCUUGUCUCCUUCCCUCUCUCCUUGUUUUUUCCCUCUCUCCUUGUUUCCUUCCCUCUCUCCUUGUUUUUUCCCUCUCUCCUUGUCUCCUUCCCUCUCUCCUUGUUUUUCUCCCUCUCUCCUUGUCUCCUUCCCUCUCUCCUUGUUUUUUCCCUCUCUCCUUGUUUCCUUUCCUCUCUCCUUGUUUCCUCAUCAUUGCGGUUCAUUUCUUCUCUGUCAUUUCCCAUCAUACAUUGCAACAUUCCACCUCCCAUCAUCACGUCCUGUCGCUGAAACAGGAAAGAGGAAGUGUGUGUGUGUGUGUGUGUGUGUGUGUGUGUGUGUGUGUGUGUGUGUGUGCAGGAUUCUCAUUCUCACUUUAAACAGUGAAAGUCUUAAAGGGACAGUCCGCAGUUUUUCUUCUCUGAUUAAUCCUAAAGUCAGAGUUUUAGUUUUUAAAGCAGCAGGAUGAAGAUGAUGGUGAUGAUGAUGAUGAAGAUGAUGAUGAUGAUGAUGAUGAUGAUAAUGAUGAUGAUGAUGAUGAUGAUGAAGUUUCUCUCCGAUAUGAAGAUGAAGGUUAAACUCCAUCAGGAGUUUUUUCUGUCGAUCUUCAAACUUCAGCUUUAUUGACGUUUGUUUGUUUGUUUGUUUGUUUGUUUGUUUGUUUGUUUGUUUGUUUGUUUUUUGGUCCAGGACACCAAAGACGACAGCUCGGCGUUUAUCUGUCCGCUCUGUGACAAGAACUGUCAGACCCAACAUCAGCUGACCAUGCACAUCAGACAGGUAAACAGGCGGACCCUCAGAGACGCUGGUUUGGUGGAUCCUCAUGGUUUUGGAGGGACUUCAGUUUGGUCCUCCAGAUCAGAAGUUCUCAGCUGGUCUCACUCUGGGACCCACGGUUUCCCAUGAUCCUUCAGUCGUGACCCACUUUUAUAAAACUCAAAGAAAAUGUAUUUCUGAGGUUCAGGGAUUUAUUCUGAGUGGGACUAAAGAACUGAUGAAAUUCUGGAUCUUUCUCAUGAGAUUUUAAACGUGUAAAACAUUAAGAUGCUUUAUCCACCAUAAACAGAUUUUAUAUGGCAUUAUUUAAAUCCACCAAACCCCAUUUGCAAAAACACUAAUUUUCGUCUGCAGAGCAGCUGCAGAGUUUGAUGCGUCAGUCUCUGCUUUUCUCUGAUUUCUGGUUUUGAGAUGGUCAGUUCUGAGACAACAGGACACUUAGUUUACACAAAAUAAGACAAACAGCUGAGUUAUCAGGCAGCAGGUACAGCAGCUCCUCCUGUGUCUGUGCAGUAAAAUCAACGAUUUUUUCUAUGGAGUCUGGUAGAGCAAUAUAACUGAGUUUUGUGGUUAAAUGAACUUCUUUUCUCUCAGUGAAAGAGUUUGAUCCUGCUCUCAUCAGUCUGAUGAACAGAGCAGCAGCAGCAGCGGUGACUGUAUUCUUCUUCUGUGGUGUCUCUAAAUUGACGAUUUAACCUCCUCUGUGCAGCACAACGCCGACACCGGAGCGACCGAUCACUCCUGCAGCAUCUGUGGGAAGUGCCUGAGCUCCGCCUCCUCGCUGGACAGACACAUGCUGGUCCACAGCGGGGAGAGACCGUACAAGUGCAGCAUCUGUGGACAGACCUUCACCACCAACGGCAACAUGCACAGGUACGUGCACACACACACACACACACACACACACACACACACACACACACACACACACACACACACACACAGAGCUGGGAGUUGUUGAUUAUCUGCAGCAGCAGUUUAUUUAUUUUUUGGAUGUUUUUUUUUUUUUUUUGCAUAAAUCCUAAAAACUGCAGUUCCCUAAUCGUCCACUAGAGGCUGUCCCCAAAGUGAGUCAGUCUCCAUAGAGCCCCACUGUAGAUCAUUUCUCUGGGCGUUUUCAUUGUUCUGCUCGUUUUUAACGUCACAGAAAAGUCAAAUCUUCCUUUCUGGAAUAUUUGGAGGAUCUUUAAAAAUAUUUUCACCUUUUUUAAAACUUUUUAAACGUUUAAUUCCUGCUUUUUUUUACUCUUUACAAACAUUUAUUUAGAAAUGGAUGUUGACUUGUUGUGAGUGUCCCAUAUGAAAAAAAAUUAUUCUAGAUUUGAUCCCAUAGUUCAGAUUUUGGUGUAAACUUGGAGGUUGUGAUUUCUCUGACUGACCGUCAGGAUGACUUAUCUUGACUUUCUCUGUCGUUGUUUUGGCGACAUGUGAACCCGAAUUUCUCCAGUUUCUGUGAAAAACAGAGAUGUUUGUCUGAUUCACUGAUGAACUCUCUCACUGUCAGUUUUCUGCGCUCGCUGUUAUCAGGACAGUUUUGAUUAAAUUAAUCAAAUCUCUCUGAGGUCGGCGCUCGGUGUCCGAUCAGCUGAUUCUGAUCCUGGGUUUAAAACAGAGACGGGUCUCCUCCAGCAGAUCUUUGAGCUCCUGAAACGAAGAAUGACAACAACACACACACACACACACACACACACACACACACACACACACACACACACACACAGUGUAACCUCAGGCAAAGGAAGUUAGCGUUUAACCCGGUCCCCAGUCAGCCAUGAUGGGAGCACAAAACUCAGACUGGGUUAGUGUGUGUGUUUAUUACACAGGAAGUUGGAGAAUAAGUUGAAACCACCCAUCUCUCUCUCUCUCACACACACACACACACACACACACACACACACACACACACACACACACACACACACACACACACACACAUUUAGAACACACCCUGACUGUUAUCAGUCCAGUCUCCAACAUCAGACUCAACGGUCCGUCCUGCUGUGUGUGUGUGUGUGUGUGUGUGUGACCGCUCUGGUGACCUGAAGUCUUUUUAACAAAGGUAUUUGAACCAAUCAGAGAAGAUUUACUGACACAGUUCGAUUUAAAGCGACAGAAAAUUUGAUUCAGUGACAAACGAUCGAAACUCUGAGGGAGAAAAAAAAAAAAGUGUUUUCUUCUCACUCAGACUCUCUCACCUGAGAUUUUCACCACAUCCAGAACAGCGGCGAUUUUCACCGUCCGCCAAUUCCUACCAGAUCUGUUUGUGAGGUUAAUUUUGUGGUGGAUUACAGUCGUCUCUCUAAAGACAGACACAUAGACAUAUAAGCAGUAGAUUGUGUCCUUCCAGAGGAGGAAAUCUACUUCUAGACUUCUAGAAUCAGCAUCUCCUCAUCCAUGGUGUCAUCGGGGUGAAAUGACGUCUAAAAACCUUUCACUUGUUCGUCUCCGCCCGUUUGCAUGGUGUGAAAUACGAUCCUCCUGAAACACGGAGUGUUUUAUUUUGAAAAGAAGCCGGAUGUUUUAUUUUGUGUCUGUGCCCGACUUCCUUUCCAGCACGGGUUAAUCUGUGCUGAAUUUAUCCGCCAUGCUCCGGCGUCCGACGGAAAGAAGUCGGUGUAAAUUGACACGUUAACUUGAAUGGUUACGAUCAGCUACGAUCGGAGGAUACGACCUUUUAGGAGACGAUCAGGAUGAAGGUGGAGGUCGGGGGUCAGAUCCUCUCAGACUCUCUCAGACUCGGUCUCUGGUGGUAUGAGGAGUCGUGGGCAGAGAGGAAUGACUGUAGGCUGACACACAGACAAACAGACACACACACAGACACAGACACACAGACAAACAGACACACAGACAGAGGUCUCUCAGAUGUCUCGGCUCUUUGCUCCAUAAGUCUGUUUCUGUGUUCUGGUUCUGGUUCUGGUCUCCUCUCUGUGUUCUGGUUCUGGUUCUGGUCUCCUCUCUGCUGGUUUUUCUCUCUGGAUGAGUCCAGAGUCGGUCUAGGGUAGACCAGUUUUUGGUUUUUGUUGGAGGAGCAGAGACCAGGUGGGAACGUCAUCCUGAUGUGAUCAGUGGACUUAGAUGUCUGAUCCAUGUGUACAUCUAUCUUUAUUAUCUAUAUUGUUGUCUGUAGUCCGCUCCGGUCUGUCAGACCUCCGAGAGUCUCCGGAGUCUGCAGAGUUCACAUGACGAUGAGGACGAGGACGCUGCUGUAGGAAAAUAAAGAGGAGGUCUGUGUGGACGGAAAAGAGGAGCAGAGGGAGGAGGAGGAGGAGUCUGGGGGGGGCAGAGCAUCCUUUGAAAUGUGAAACACGAGAUUUUCCCUCUUUCCAAACAUGCAGAGAGAAGGAGGGAGGGAGGGAGGGAGGGAGAGAGAGAGAGAGAGAGAGAGAGAGAGGGAGGGAGAGAUGAGCUGAGUGUAGGCGAUGGAUGGAAAGAAUCAUGUGUGCUGAAUUUCCAUCCUGCUCUGAUCAGAUCUGAAGAGUUUAGUCGACUGAGAAGGAGGAAAGGAGAGAGAGAGUAGUGCUGGACGAUAAUUCGAUAACAAUAUAUAUCGAUCGAUAGACGUGUGGUCCGAUAGAAAAAAAACGGGUCGAUAAAAAGUUCGAUAGAAAAACACAGUUUCCCUUUCUUUUUCAUCAUAGCCUAUCAUGUAGCUUUUACUACAGUCAUUACUUCCUCCCAACCAAUCACAAACGCAGACCCAGGUACGCUACGGCACCAAGCCCAGCCCCUAUCAAACCACAACAGACAGCACGUGUAUUAGAAAAAAUGCUACAGCAAGGAGAAGCGGAGGACAUUGUCCCGAAAAAAGGGUUUCAGUAGUUCUCCAGCAUGGCAAUGUUUUGGUUUUUAGAAGUCUGACAAAAAGCGAACAGCGGUCGUUUGCAAAAUUUGCAGAGAAUUAGUAAAAAACAAGUGUGGUAACACAAUCAACUUGUUUUACCAUCUAAACCGAUCGCACCCGCAGGAGUACGAGCUGUGUCGGCCGCCCCACGGCUCCACGUCGUCGUCGUCGUCGGAAUCCUCUGGAGCCGCUGCCAGCACCAGCUCAAAGCAAGUGAAGCAGACCAAACUGGACUUCGUUUCUUGCCAAAAUACGACAAAGCGUCCAAGCGGCAUAAGGACAUCACCCAUGCAGUAACAUGCUUCAUAGCGAGGGACAUACUGCCAAUAACUACCGUUGAAAAGCCUGGCUUCAAACAGCUUCUAGCCACUCUCGACCCGCGAUAUGAAGUCGGCCGCAAGUAUUUCUCAAACACAGCGCUUCAGGCAUGAAAAUGGGUCAGGGGUUGUGCCGUAGAAUGCACCCCUGCAUCCCGUCCACUCAUUAGCUUCUUAAAGUGGAAGAAAAUGAGCUCAUAUUUUACAAAGACGCGAGUAUUUGGAUCAUGACUACUAGCAGGGGGUGCAUUCGGUAGGGGUGCAUUCUACGACACAACACCGGCGUGGAUAAGUCCUGCUUCUCGUGCUCAGUUUGCAUAUUAAGUCAAUCACAUGAUAAUGAAAAAAAAAAAAAAAUCUCCCGACCCCGGGAGAAAUAUUUCAGUGUUCAGACACCAGGCUGUGGGCAGUUUCCCACACAGUUAAAACUGGUAGUAUGCUAUUCCCACCUAAAGCUAUUCUGUUUAUUUAUAUAUUUGUUUGUUUUGUUUAUUUUCAUCAAAAGACUAUUUAAAUAUUUAUUUAUCAGAUUUUCUGGUCACUUUAGUCUUUAUGUUUGUCAGUAUUUACUGAUGUCACUCAGGCCACUUAAGUUGAUUUCUUUUUUUUUUUUAAGUUUUUUUUAAAAAAAACUUUCAGUUGUGGUAAAAAAAAAAAAGGUGGUUGAAUAAAGGUUUGAAUUUGAAUUCAGUGCUUGUGUGUUCUUUAUUAAAAGUAGGUCAUUAAGCAAUAGCAUAAAACAUCCAGGGCUGCAAUUAAAAUAUAUGUUAAAUAAUUAUAAUAAUUAUAUCGAUAAUUAUCGAAAUCGAUCAAUAUGAUUUAUUUUUUAUCGAUAUGCUUAUUUUCUAUAUCGUCCAGGCCUAAGAGAGAGGAUGAAAAAUCAGAGAAGGAGGAGAGGAGAGGGGAGAGGGGAGGAGAGGAGAAGAGAGGAGGAGAGAGGGGAGAGGGAGUCCAAUCAGUUAACUGCGAAAAAGGGAGAGAAAGAGAGAGAGGAGAGCAUCACUGAGAAAGGAAAGGAGAGAAGGAGAGGAGACGAAAAACAAGGAGCUAAAAGAAAGGAAACAAGCAGACAAAUAAGGAGACAAGGACAGAGGAGUAGAGAAGGAUAAAACAGGCAUUUCGAAUUAGGAGACCAAGAAAGGAAGGGAGGAUAGUAAGGAGACAAGGAAAGGAGAGAAGAUAACGAGGGAGGAUAAAGAAACAAAGACAAGUGAAUGAGAAGAGUAACAAUGAGGAAAUGAGGAGUUAAAUAAGGAAACAAUAAAGGAGAGGAUGUUAGGAGGAGACAGGAAAGGUGGAGUUCAAAAAAGGAAAGGAGGCGAGGAGAUUAGGAGUUAAAAUAAGGAGACAAAGAAGGAGAAAAUAAUAAUAAUAAUAAUGAUAAUGAAUUAAAGUAUUAUUAUUAUAAUCAUUAUAAUUAAUAAUAAUGAUAACAAUAAUACAAAAAGUAAAAAUAUUAAUAUUAAUUUUAAUAAUAAUUAUAAUGAUAACAAUAAUAAAUUAAAGUAUUAUUAUUAUCAUUAUUAUUAAUAAUAAUAAUAAUAAUAAUAAUAUGUAUAUUUUAAAAUCACUGAUUAAAAAUGAAAGUAAAUCAAGUUUAUUAACGAGUUUGAGAGACGAGAGAAUAAAUGAGUCCUUGGUACCUUUCCUCAGAUCAGUCCUUGGUACCUUCCGUUCUCAGGGGGAAAGUUUCCUCCCUCUCUCUCUCUCCCUCUCUCUCUCUCUCUCUCGCUCCCCCCCCCCACAGUGAUCAUGUCUCCGUUUGUUAUCCGACUCUGAUUCUUGUUCUGACUCUGAUCCGUCCCUCUGAGUGAAGUCUGACUCAACAGCGCCCUCUGUGGUGAUGAUGAGGAACUGCAGCCAGGAGGUCAAACUGGUACAUUCUGUUACAGGGAGGAGGAGUGGGGGGGGCAGGAGGACUGAGGGAGGACAGGGGGGAGGAAAAGGAGAGAAAUGAAAAGAUAAGAGAGAGGAGGAAAAAGGAAAGGAAAGAAGGAGAUAUUGAAGGGACAAUAACAGGAGGAGAGGAGGAGGAGAAAAGGAGAAAGGAAAUGAGGAAAGGAGCAGAUAAAAGGAAAAAAGAGAGGAAACAAGGAAGAGAAGGAAGAGAGGGAAGGAGAUGAAAAGGGAGAAAGAAAGGAGACUUGAGGAGGAAGGAGUGGGGGGGGGUGUUUUCAUCUAUUAAUAAACUGACAGGCAGCAGGCUGGACGCCCAUAAGAGGUCCUGACAGACAGUCAGCUGACAGGAAGUUACUCAUUAACCAAUCAGAUCACAGGAGGAGGAGGAGGAGGGGGCGGGACAACCAGGGAGCAAAGUCUUUGUGGCCCAAAGUGUACUAUGACCCCGAACCGACCAAUCAGAGAGCAGCAAACAUGCCGAGUCAGCAGAGACACUAUCCUGCUGCUGAGGGGGGGGGGGGGGGAGAGAGAGAGAGAGAGAGAGAGAGAGAGAGAGAGAGAGAGAGCGGGGGGGGGGGCUUAUAGAAACAACUUCUCUCCUUUCCUCAUCUCCUCAACUCCUCAACUCUGCAUCCCCCUCAUUGUCUCCUUUCCUCCUUACCUUGUCUCCUCAUCUUCUUUCUGAACUGCUGCGAAAUAAAUCCUCAUCUGCUCGUCUCCUCAUCUCCUUGUUUCCUUGUCUCCUUUGAGCUGCUGUGUGACCUUUAUACACAGACUAAAAUAGCGACACAAGCGAACAGCCUCACACUUUCUCAAACACACCUCCACAGGUGCGCACACACACACACACACACACACACACACACACACACACACACACACACACACACA